AUGGUGUCCCCUAGUCUUGCGCGCAUGACAGGGCAGGUCCACAUCACCGGACUUCCCAUGCCAAGGAACCUAUCCGAAAGCAAACUGGUACUGGCCGCGCUCCAGAAAUUCGGAGAAGUAAUAACAUACCGUAACCUCAAGUAUGACACAACCAACACCUCACCAAAUCCCAACCGCCCCAUCGUCGCGAUCUUCGAGACAGCCGAUGCAGCAGACCGCGCGAUAGCAGCUUCGCCUAUCACCAUUCCCCUACCGACAUCCACCUCCACCUCUACCUACACCUCAAAAUCCCACCCUUCAACCUCUAUUCCCUUCACAUCAACUACCAAUCCGCCAUCAGAUACCCCUCGCUCAUUGACCCUCGAAAUCCAACACUCGCGCCAUAAUCACGCCUCCGCCCUCAAACGCAGCCCCUUCUACUCCACCUACAACCUCUUCAAAAACAACCCCAUCUACGAAGACCUGAUUAGUGAUGAGACCGGUAUCCCGCUCAAGGAACUGGCUGAUACACUCUCAAGCAAGAAGUAUCCUAUCGGCGCUGGCGUCAAGUCUAAUAUCCAGGAGGAAAAUCGACGCAUGGGCGCGACGAGCUUGGUGAAUAUGUGGAAAGAAGGGAUGGGGAUGGAGAUUGAGAAUGAGAAUGGGGGGGCAGGAUUCUAG